AUGUUAAAUGUGUCUGUUAUAUUUGACCUUCCCUGCGCUGCACCUACGUCAGCCACGUCCAAGAACGCGCUCAGGGAGAGGACCAGAGUGGAGAGUCUGCGCAGGGCCUACCUGGAGCUGCAGGCUGCACUUCCCUCCGUUCCUCCAAAUACCAAGCUCUCCAAGCUGGACGUGUUAGUGCUGGCCACGACCUACAUCUCCCACCUGUCGCAGCUCUUGGAGGCGGACGACAGCCAGUCGUGCCACGACACCAAUAAUAACACCACCGUCACCAAGGCGGCCGUCCAGGAGCACAACCCUUACCCUCCGCCCUUACCGUCCACCAAUACAGUGGAGACAGGCACCCACAGGGUCAAGCAGGGGUUCCUACACCCCAUCAAGAAGUGGCCGAUGCGUGCCCGUCUGUACGCGGGUGUCGGGGCGACGGAGGCUGUUACUUUCCUGUCGGAGCAACUUCCGACCCCACCACAGCAGCUGAGGACUAAGCUGGGACCCACUGCCGUGCCCGCCCACGCCCCCUGCCCUCACCAACUCCCUCCACAAGCCUCGCUCACCCUCAACCACACCCAUGCCACUUCAACUCCUCACGAAACGCAGAAUUCAUUACAAGAUUUCGGCUCUUCCAGCAUGGCGCCAGGAGUCUUUAACGAUGAGUUCGCGUGUCCAGCAGACAAAUCUUACGGGUUCCCCUACAUGUGUGAGGCGGGAGGACAUUCCCAGGGCCCCCGGGAGAUCCCCUACGCCGGCCCUCAGAUAGGGACGUGGGAGGCAGAGGGCUCGUGGGGCAGCAAUGUUAUCCACGAUGACCCUGCCGCCUGCCACCCUCCCUGCAGGGUGAGUCAGUCCUAUGCGGGCUUCUGGACUGCCUGGGAUGGCUGAAUAUAAACCCAAAUAGAGACCCUAAGUAUAAUUUUAAGAGUUCGGGAAAACGCUGUGUGUUAUCCAAUACUUUAACAGUUAGCUGAUAGAUAAACCGUUGUUCUUUAUAUUAAUUUCUCUGUUUGCAUGCUCCCGGGACGUCGUGUAUAUAUAUAUAUCACCCUAGUGUGUUAGGAUAACAUAGGUGGGUCUGAACAGUGAAUGGAUCGGUGACGAUGUGAAAACUGCCUUUGUGAUUGGCAAAAAAACUCACACAAAAAAGUAAUUUCUUGCAUGCAUCAAGACUUAGAAUCGUGUGAAUGUGAGACCUCCCAAGUAAUAUUUUCGAAAGGAAGACAAAGUUAAACAAAAAUUUAAUUAAAUUUUACAAAGUGGAAGAGACUGGAGAAGUGUUGGUUGUGUGAGUUGUACCGGGGUGAGGAGAGACUGGUGAAGUGUUGGUUGUGUAGAGUUGUACCGGGGUGAGGAGAGACUGGUGAAGUGUUGGUUGUGUAGAGUUGUACCGGGGUGAGGAGAGACUGGUGAAGUGUUGGUUGUGUAGAGUUGUACCGGGGUGAGGAGAGACUGGUAAAGUGUAGGUUGUGUAGAGUUGUACCGGGGUGAGGAGACUGGUAAAGUGUUGGUUGUGUAGUGUUGUACCGGGGGUGAGGAGACUGGUGAAGUGUUGGUUGUGUAGUGUUGUACCGGGGGUGAGGAGACUGGUGAAGUGUUGGUUGUAUAGAGUUGUACCGGGGUGAGGAGAGACUGGUAAAGUGUUGGUUGUAUAGAGUUGUACCGGGGU